AUGAAUCGAAUUCUGUUUAUUUUCGUCAUAACAGCGACAUCUGGUAUACCGAACAAAUCUUGUGACAGAAUGCGGAUUGGAAACAAUUGGUACGACAGAGAAAUACUUUGGUCUGAACUGGGCAGACCCUACAAUUUGAAUAUUCAUCGAGGAUCAAAUACACUUUUCUUCAGUUACACUCAACCAGAGACAUAUUCUGAUGUCGAUUUCCAACUAGCCUAUUACAAUUUAGACUCAAAUGAUCAUCAAAAUAUUGUUGGUAUUCGAGGAGGGUGUGCGGUAGCCAUCAACCAAGCUACUGAUGAAAUUUACUUAGGAGGCAGUGAAGGGAUUUAUAAAUACAAUAUGUUGACUAAGCUUGCUGAUUUUUAUGGAGAGAAAGGUGUUAAUAUCUGGGCUUUGUUUUAUCGAAGAAAUCUGUUCUAUAUAAGUUAUCCAGAUCAAAAACUACAUAUUGAAGUAGAUGAUAAAUUUUCACCAGUUAAGGAAUUCCUUGGGAUCGAAGUUGAUCAUUUUCACGUUAACAAUGAUAAUAUUAUUUAUUUUGCUAACAAAACAGGUUUAUAUAAAUACGAUAAUGAUAAUAAUGAUAUUCGUAAUGUUAAUAAUUUGAUAACAGUUAGACAAAUAGUCGAAGAUGUUGAUGAUAAUGUGUAUAUUUGUACGAAUUUAGGUGUAUUUUUAAUUAAAGUUGACGGUAUGGAGAAGAUUUCGGACAUUAAAAAUAUUUAUGGUCUAGCUUUUGAUAGAGAUAAUAAUAUUAUAAUAUCUGAUGAAAAAAAUAUUAUAAAACUAAUUAAUAGUAAAUCUGGGUGUAUGGAAGACAAAGAGCAUUGGUGA